CUCACUGCCGCACUGCCAUGGGCUGCUCUCGCCACGCGCUUCUGCUCUGCCAUGCAGUUCCUGAACCCUCCCAUCACUCGCUGCGGUGCCACUGCUGCACCCUCAUUCUGCUCUCCCUCCUCCCCUCCUACUCCCCUCUUUUACUUUCCCACCCUCUCCUAUGCUACUUUCACCCUCUCCUACUCUCUCCUGCAAUCCAAGGCAUCGCCUUCCCUUUUCCCUCCCGUCGCCUUCCCUUUUCCCUCCCGUCGCCUUCCCUUUUCCCUCUCGUCGCCUUCCCUGUUCCCUCUCGUCGCCUCCCCUUUUCCCUCUCGUCGCCCUCCCUUUUCCCUCCCGUCGCCUUCCCUUUUCCCUCCCGUCGCCUUCCCUUUUCUCUCCCGUCGCCUUCCCUUUUCCCUCCCGUCGCCUACCCUUUUCCCUCGAGUCGCCUUCCCUUUUCCCUCCCGUAGCCUUCCCUUUCCCCUCCCGUCGCCUUCACCUCCCUCACUUGCGCUAAUGCCUCCUGCACCGAUGCUCCCCUUUAUCCCACUCCCACCAUCUCUUUUCCACCCCCUCCUCCCCCCCUUCUCCCCCCCUUCUCCUGCAGUCGCUGGUCAAACGCUCCUCCCCCCUCCCUCUUCCCUAGCCACCUCCCUGGCCAUCCUCACCCACCUCGACCUCUCCCACUCGGCCGGCGCCACACUUCCUCCUCCUCCGCACCUCACCACCCUCCACCGCACUCCACUCCUCCCGGCCCUCACACCCCGCCCUGCGGCUAGCAGUGGUUACAAGCAGCAGGAUCCAUCAGACACCUCCACCUCUACCCUGCUGCUGUCUCUGACACCAUGUGUUACACCUCGCCCACUCCCGUCCCCACACG